AUGAAGUCGAUCAUCAUUGCCUCCCUUGUCGCCUUGGCGAUUGCCGCCUCCUCGGCCUACGACCAGACCUUCUCCCCAAAGAGCGAGUACGUCUACAAGUUUGACGGACUCCUUCUUUCCGGACUCCCGACCACUUCUUCCGAUGCCUCCCAAACCCGUAUUUCCUGCCGUGCCCGUCUUCAAGCUGUUGAUGACCGCUACGUUCACCUCCAGUUGACUGAUGCUACUUAUUCGGCUUCCCACUUCCCGCAAUCCGAGCAAUUGCCAAAGAUGGAGUCUUUGGAGCAACGCGAGCUUGCCGAUGAGCUCAAGGAGCUUCUCCAGCUUCCAGUCCGUGCCCAGAUCAGAAAUGGACUCAUCUCCGACGUCCAGUUCUCGAACGAAGAUGCCGAGUGGUCGAAGAACAUCAAGAGAUCCAUCCUCAACCUGUUCUCCCUCCGCAAAUCUGCUCCGGUCAACGAGAUGAACGAGCAAGAGAAGGAAAACCAGCUUCAGAAGGACGACCAGUUCUACACUGUCCACGAGAAGACCAUGGAGGGAGACUGCGAGGUCGCCUACACCAUUGUCAAGGAGCAGGAGAGAACCAUUUACACCAAGUCGGUCAACUUCGACAAGUGCAUCACCCGCCCGGAAACCGCCUACGGUCUCCGCUUGGGAUCCGAGUGCAAGCAGUGCGAGAAGGAGGGACAGUUCGUCAAACCGCAAACUGUUUACACCUACACUUUCAAAAACGAGCAGUUGGAGCAGGCUGAGGUCCACUCCGUCUACACUCUCAAUGUGAACGGACUGGAGGUCGUCAAGUCGGAGACUCGCUCGAAGGUUGUUCUUGUCGAGGAGAACAAGAUCAACAAGGAGAUCAAGAAGGUAUUUUUGACAAAGAAGUCAGGGAAUGAUAUGAUUUUUGCAGGUCAACGGACCAAAGGAGGAGAUCGUCUACUCGAUGGCCAACGAGCAGCUCAUUGAGCAGUUCUACCAGCAAGGAGACAAGGUUGAAGUCAACCCGUUCGAGGUUGUCCCAACUGAGCAGAAGAUUGAGCAACUCCAAGAGAUCUUCCGUCAAAUCCAAGAGCACGAGCAGAACACCCCAGAAACUGUUCACUUGAUCGCUCGCGCCGUCCGUCUCUUCCGCAUGUGCACCAUUGAGGAGCUCAAGAAGGUCCACACCACCAUCAACGUCAAGGCCGAGAAGAAGGUAGGGAAAUUUGGAAGAAAUGAGACAUUCGAAACCAUUUACAGGCUCAACUCAUCAUUGAUACCACUUUGGCUGUUGCCGGCACCAAGAACACCAUCCAGCACCUCAUCCACCACUUCAACAAGAAGACCAUCAGCCCAUUGAGAGCUGCUGAGCUUCUCAAGUCCAUCCAAGAGACCCUCUACCCAUCCGAGCACAUUGCUGAUCUUCUCAUCGAGCUCGCUCAGUCCCCACUUGCUCAGAAGAACGAGCCACUCCGUCAGUCUGCCUGGCUCGCCGCCGGAGCCGUCGUCCGCGGAUUCGCCGUCAAGACCCAGGACCUGCCACUCACCCGCCCAGCCACCCGCCAGCUCAAGGAGAAGUACGUCCGCGUCUUUAUGCAACACUUCCGCAACUCGGAAUCCGCCUACGAGAAGGUUCUCGCCAUCAAGACCCUCGGAAACGCUGGACUCGACCUUUCCGUCAACGAACUCGUCCAACUCAUCCAGGAUCCACGCCAGCCACUCGCCGUCCGCACUGAAGCCGUUGAUGCUCUUCGUCUCCUCAAGGAUGUGAUGCCACGCAAGAUCCAGAAGGUUCUCCUUCCAGUCUACAAGAACCGUCAGAACCAGCCAGGACUCCGCAUGGCCGCUCUUUGGCAAAUGAUGAACACUCUCCCAGAGGAGCCAGUCCUCGCCCACAUCGUCGCUCAAAUGGAGAAGGAGUCGAACCAGCACGUCGCUGCCUUCACCUACCAGGUCAUCCGCCAGUUCGCCAAGUCCACCAACCCAUGCUACCAGCCAUUGGCCGUCCGCUGCUCCAAGGUCCUUCUCUUCACCCGCUACCAGCCACAAGAGCAAAUCCUCUCCACCUACGCCCAGCUCCCACUCUUCCACUCUGAGAUGCUCUCCGGAGUCCAGUUCGACUUUGCCACUAUCUUCGAGAAGAACGCCUACCUGCCAAAGGAGGUCAUGCUCUCACUCGAGUCCGUCCUCGGAGGAAACUGGAACAAGUACUUCGCCCAGAUCGCUUUCUCUCAGCAGAACUUCGAUCAAGUCAUCGUCAAGGCCCUAGAGAAGCUCUCUUUCUACGGAAAGCAAUCUGAUGAGCUCCGCUCCCGCCGUGUUCAGUCCGGAAUCAAGAUGCUCCAGGAGAUCGUCAGGAAGAUGAACAUUCGCCCACGCGUCCAGAACUCUGAGUACCACACCGUCCACGCCGUCUUCUCGCUCCGCUACAAGGAGAUGGACACGAUCGUCCUCCCAAUUGACAUGCAGACCAUCGACACCCUCGUUGAGAAGUACGUCAAGAACGGAGAGUUUGACAUCAAAACCAUCCUCUCCUUCCUCAACGUCGACUCCAAGUUCGAGCUCCACCGUGCCCUCUACUUCUACGAGGCCGUCCGUAGAAUCCCAACCACCAUCGGAGUGCCACUUACCAUCUCCGGAAAGGUCCCAACCAUCCUCUCGGUCAACGGAAAGGUUUCCUUCGAACUCGAGAAGCUCGGAGCCCGUGUCAUCCUCGACGUCACCCCAUCCGUCGCCUCCACUCACAUCACCGAGAUGCGCUUCUGGAGCCCAAUGUUCGAGCAGGGAGUCAAGUCUCUCCAGUCUGCCCGCAUCCAUACCCCACUCAAGAUCGAGUCGACUGUUGAGCUCAAGAAGAACACCGUUGAGAUUUCCCACAAGCUCACCGUCCCAGAGAACAAGAAGACCACCGUCUCCGUCCACACCCGCCCAGUUGCUUUCAUCAGCAUCCCAAGCCAGCAGGAGACCGAAUACGUCGAGGCUGAGGAGAAGACCAUUUCGCACCCGAGACUCCAGCUCACUUCUGAGGAGAUCGACCGCCAGUUCGAGGUCCUCGGACUCAAGAUCAACGCCCAAGGAAACAUGAUCUCCCAAUGGUCGCUCCCAACCGUCCUCAUGACUGAGCAAGAGUUCGAAUACACCCUUGAGAACAGAAACCGCCCAGCUGAAUUCGUCGCCCGUCUUUCCAUCGGAAACUUGGAGAAGACUGAUCUUUCCGAGAUCAAGUUCGACAAGACCUUUGAGAAGGAAUUCGACCUGGAGAACAACGAGUCUGAGAAGCGCCGCGAGCACUUCCACAAGAUGAUCCGCCAGAUCCAGUCCGAGCAGGGAGUCAAGAACCUCGUCUCCUUCAAGCUCGAGGCCCCACAACAGUUCUUCUUCAACACCGAGCUCCGCACCGUCUGCGACAAGUCUGUCCGCAUGUGCAAGAUCGAGAUUGACUGCCGUCGUUCCCCAGUCGCCGAGGAAAACAAGGAGUGGACCCUCCACUCAGAGCUCCUUGCCGCCCGCCCACAGAUGCCAUCUUCCCUCCGUCAGCUCCGUGAGCAGCCACACCGUGAGGUUCAGCUCGCUCUCAACGCCAAGUGGGGAUCCUCCAAGAAGAACGAGUUCACCCUCAACGCCCAGCUUGAGCAGUCCAAGGAACAGAAGAAGUACGUCCGCAACAUGGAGCGCGAGUUCAACGGGAUCCCAGAGUACGAGCUCCUGAUCAAGGCCGCCCGUCUCAACCAGAUCAACGCCGUCACCGAGUACAAGUUCACCCCAGAAACCGAGAAUACCUUCUCUCGUUUCUUCGACCUCAUCAAGGCAUACAACUUCUGGACCGUUUCUGAGCAGCGUGCUGAGAACGAGGAGCGUCGUUGCGUGUUCCAACUCACCGUCGAGCCAAUGUCCCGCCAAUACGUCAACAUGACCGUCCAGACCCCAGAACAACAGGUUGAGCUCAAGAACAUGCGCAUUCCACGUGUCUUCCUUCCAUCCAUCGCCAAUCGUUCUAUCCGCCAACAGAUCUGGGAGAAAACCGGAGCUUCGUGCAAGGUCGACCAAUCCGAGGUAUCCACCUUCGACAACCUGAUCUACCGUGCCCCACUCACCACCUGCUUCUCUCUCAUCGCCAAGGACUGCUCUGAGCAACCAACUUUCGCCGUCCUCGCGAAGAGAAUCAACAAGCAAGACGAGGAGCUUCUUGUCCAGAUUGUCCGCCGUGAGGAAGAGAUUCUUGUGCAGAAGACCGACGACGAGUUCCUUGUUAAGGUUGACGGAAAGAGAAUCCAGACCUCCGAGCUUGAGCAAUACGAGUGAGUUUAUAGUUGAAAAAGCGCAAUGAAAAUGAGAUUAUUUCAGAAUCGAGAGCCUCGGAGACAACCUUAUCGUGAUCCGUCUUCCACAAGGAGAGGUCCGCUUCGACGGAUACACCGUCAAGACCAACCUCCAAUCGGUUGCCUCCCAGAACCAGCUCUGCGGACUCUGCGGAAACAACGACGGAGAGCGCGACAACGAGUUUUCUACCGCCGACAACGUCCAGACCGAGAAUGUUGAGGAGUUCCACCGCUCCUACCUUCUCAAGAACGAGGUCAGAAAUUUACCCUUAACUGUGAUAAUCUUACCAAUUUACAGGAGUGCGAGCUUGAGAACGGCCGUCUCUCGGAGAAGAAGAACUACAGAAACAAGUGGAACAGAGAGGAGCAGGGCUCGCAAGAGGAGCAGAACUACGAGCAGGACGAGAGCACUGAGAACCGUGAGUUCUCUACAGAGUCCAUGGCAACAUUCAUUCCGCUGAUUUUUUUCAGAAAUCGUGAAGAAGACCCUCCUCAAGGAGUUCUCGCACCGCGUCUGCUUCUCCCUUGAGCCAGUCACCGAGUGCGGCCGUGGAUUCGAGUCGGAGGAGACCUCCAGCAAGAAGAUCCGCUUCACCUGCAUGCCACGUCACAGCAAGAACGCCCGCCGUUUCUUGAAGGAGUCCCGCGACCAAGUUCUUGAUCUGGCUGACUUCCCAGUCUCAUUCGUCGAGGCCGUCAACAUGCCAACCGCCUGCGUUGCCUUCUAA